AUGGAGGAGCUGCAAGCUCGUCACAGAAAGGAGCAAAGGGACCUUCAGGCGCGAAUAACGCAGAAGAAAAAGUCAGCAACGAAAAAAACGCGGAAAGGUGUUAAUGAUGAAUGCGAGAGUUUACAGAGGCAGCUUUUGGAAAAACAGCAGGCCGAAAUAUCUCAACUCAAUGGCGAGGUAGAUGCCGGUGAUGGGGACACAAUCAAUCAGAUAAAUCAACUAGAUGUUAAGGAUAACGACGAGGAUGAAGGACCAGAAGUGCUUCACACCAAUGAGAAAACAGUGUGCUCCGUCCCUCCAGUUAACACGUCCACCCCUGUGGACAGCACAAUCGAGAGAGCUCCUGGCCCAAGACGUGGCAAUCGCCAAAAAGCACGUUUAGCGAGACGCGCAGCGGAGCGUGAAGCAGAGAUCAACAAUGCUGCAAAUGAAGCUGCUAAUCAAAUCGACUAUCGUGCUAAUGAACGUAGGGCUAUGGAUGAAGCAUUUGCCCGCCUAAAGCUGAAAGAGAGAGAUAUUGCACCAGAUGGACAUUGUUUGUACUCUGCUGUGGCGUGGCAACUGACAGAAAAUGGCAUUUAUCUGAACCCGGAACAAUCAAAACCGAUGCUGGCCGAUUCAGUGAAAACAAGUGGCUACAAGGGCGUCCGAGCUACCACAGCCGAUUUUAUACUAUCUAAUGCCAACGAUUUUGCGCCGUUUCUGGAAGAGUCAAUAGAAGACUACGCUCGAAAAAUAAAAUCAACAGCCGAAUGGGGAGGACAGCUAGAACUGCAGGCCAUUGCACGUGCAUAUAAAGUGCGGAUAAAUGUCAUUCAAGGUGAUGGACGCAUCGAAAAGUUCCAGCCAGAAGACGACGUUAAUGAACCUAAAAUUAAGGAUAUAUGGCUGGCGUACUAUAGACAUACAUAUGGGCUUGGGGAGCAUUACAACGCCUUGUCUCAUGUCUCCUCUUGA